AUGACUGAUAAACAAGAGUACGUUGAAGAGACCCUCGCUGGCUCGAUCAGCGAUAUCUCGGGGACUGUUGCCGAGAACCUCCACCAGAGUCUCGACCACGAGACCAAGGAGCAGGCUGCCCUCGAUAUCGAGAUGGCCAAGGCCAGGAAGUCCACCCAGGAGCCUCCUUCGAGACGCUGGAUCGUUCUUGCUACUGCCACCCUUGGUGCCCUCUUUGUCUCCCUCCAGGGCUCUGCCCUCAUCGUCGCCCUUCCUGAUUUGAUGAAGAACCUCGACAUCGAUUUCGCCACCAUUAUUUGGGUUCUAUUGACAUACACCUUGGCCAUUACUGCCGCAGUCCCCCUUUUGGGUUAUGUUGGAGAUGCUGGCUUCCGUGGUAUUCGCUGCCGCAUGUUCAACAUUGGCUUCUUGAUCUUCACCUUGGGUUCCCUCCUCUGCGGCCUUUCUCAGGCAAAAUACAACGGUUACGAUAUGUUGGCCUACCGUGUCAUCCAGGGUCUCGGUGGUGCCCUCCUCUUCUCCAACUGUUUCGCCGUUGUGGCCGACAAGUUCUACGCCUACAACCAGGUCGGUCUUGCUAGUGGCAUCAUCAACAUUGCUUUUGCUGCUGGAACCAUUCUCGGACCCGUCAUUGGAGGCGCUACGGUCAAGGCCAGCUGGAAGUGGGUCUUCUUCUUCAACUUGCCCUUUGGUGCCCUUGGAACCGUUGUCGGAUUUAUGUUCUGCCACGACACCAUCUAUCCCAACGUCCAGUACGCGUCCUUCAGGAAGAUUGUCAAGACCUUUGAUUACACCGGCUUCAUUUCCUUGACCACAAGCAUCGGUCUUCUCUUUGUCGUCGUCGUCUCGGCUCUCUUCCCUAACGGCAAGGUCUCUGAAAACAGCUCUUUGAUCGGCAUGGGUGUUGCCUUUGGUGUCCUCUUCAUUGUGUUUAUCGUCCAGGAGAUGUUUGUCCGUGGUGGCAAGCGCUUCAACGCUCUCAAGGCUCCCUUCAUGGACUUCCGUCUGUUUUCCAACCAGGUCUUCAACAACACUGUCGUCCUCGGUGGUCUUGCUGGAGGUGUUGCCCGUACCAACUUGACCUUCUCCUUCAUCUUCUUCUUCCAGGGUCCCUAUGGCAAGGACCCCCUCAUGGCCGGUAUCCUCUUGAUUCCUUUCGGUCUUGGCAUCAUGUUGGCUGGUAUGCCUUCGGGCAAGUUGGCAGAUACUCUCGGCUUCCGUUACCUCUGCUUUGGCGGUCUUGCCUUGUCCUCGCUUGCCACCUUGAUCAUGCCCAUUGUUAUCAAGCCCGACACCAACACGUGGAUCAUCUCUCUCCUCUUGCUCAUUAACGGUCUCGGUUGGGGUCUCUACUCCUCCCCAGCCGCCUCGAUCUCGAUCCUUUGCAUCUUGCCCCAGCAGCGUUCAUCUUCGUCCUCGCUCCGUAUCAUGUUCACCAUGGUCUCUCAGAUGAUUGCCAUUGUCAUCUGCUUCAAGGUCAUUAUCUCGGGUAUGCCCCCAGAGGCUGUCCAGGAGCUGUUCAUCAACGGUGGUGGUAUUGACCCCAUGUACUUGGACUCGUUCAUGCACGGCUGGAAGAUUGUGUGCUGGAUCACGUUUGCGAUCACGCUUAUCUGCACGAUUGCUGCAUUGUGGCUCCCUGUCCGCCCCGUCUUUGCCCAUGAGGUAGAGGAGUCUGCCGUCUCGAGCGCUGUUGAUGUCACCACUGCUGCCAUCGAGUCCAAGUAA